AUGUCAUCGGCGCUGCACCCUUUGGAGUUCCACUCCCCCGGAUGGCAUGAAGAGUCCCGAACGCCCGUGAUAGACAACAAGUACUAUGAUCGCGCCACGGGCGAGAUUCGGACCGCAGUGGAGGGCGACCAUCAAGAGUACACGGGCCCGCCGGGCGUCGACAUCAUCAUCCGGAGCCAGCACAUUGACACGGUCCAGUGCGCGCUUCGCGCCGCGCGAAGGCUUCCCAUGGAGACGCUCCUAUGUCACAUCAUGAAGAUAGUCGGCGAGAAGAACCUGGAGUUGGAUUCAAUCAUGGCCACGACGUAUUCGAUUCGUGUCAUCUUGUCGCACGACCUGCAACCGGACGAGUUUAUUAAAAUAACCAGCGACAUGGUAUUCGGCCUCUAG